GGUGGUGCGGCAGAUAACGAUGACGACGACCGACGAUUUUACAACAGAAUCCUCCACUUAGUGCUUUCGUAAAUGAUAUAGAGUGGUUGGUUGGUUGGUGAUGCUCCGCUCGCUGCGGUUGAUAUGUAGAGGUAGAACUGCUAACAGCUUCCGUUGUUCCGGAUGGAGAUAUUCCCUAAGCUUGGGAUGGCAACAACUUAGUGUGGUUCAGAAGUUCACCGCGACAAGUUAGAUUCGCUGUUUGGUCCUUGGAUUCUAGGGCCUCGCCGCCGUGGUUCCGUUCUACAUGUGCUGCAUAGAUCCGACAGCAGGUAAUCCGAUUAUAUCGAUUGAAUCGUUACGAGUUGAAGUGCACCCUAUUCGAAUGGUAGAUUAGCUGAUGGCAAACAAGUGUAUACACGUGUUCUUUGAUUGCUUGAUUCACGGAAGUGCUAUUGUGAAUGAAAAUAGCUCUUUUCGAGAGUGAUGGGAUUGAUUUUUGAACUGUAACGUUUUUGAUCAUAGAGACACGAGUAUUCCAUUCCAGGAAGUAGUAUAUCGCUUCAAUGAACGUGCCAACAAAAGUUCGGUUUUCUAGUCAUUAAAAACUUCAAUCAUUGAAGUCACAUCGGUUUUGAUCAAUAAAUAGAUUACCAUGACCGAUAGCAAGAAAGCCAUAAUGAAGAAUGCCCAUUUCCGCGUCCCUAUGCCGUCUGGCCACAGGCGUGCUUCGAACUUUCUCGGUACCAGCUUCGAUGAAACGAAUUUGCGUGUCGUAAGUGAAGUGGAAGCGGGAAAAAUAGAUUCGGCCAAUUCGCGAAAAUCUCCCAAAUUUGCACGUGCUCAAAGCUUCGGUGAUAAAUUGCUAGCGGCUUCGUCACCCAAAUUUGCCAAAUCCAAGAAAAUCUUCCACGCCGGUGGUGGUUCGCGUGAUCCGGCUCCGGCUGCGGCUCCUCCGAUUGGUAGUGGGCCUGGUAGCGGCGAUUUCAAAGCCACGCGAAGAUGUUCAUCCUUGUCGACGGCGACAGCGAUGAGUGAAAUUCCGUUUGAUGCGUCCAUAAAUCUGGUGGCAUACUGUGACGAGAUGCAGGAGCUGAAACGGCACCAGAGGUCCCGGUUGAGAACUCGCAGCAUCAGCGUCUGUGUCGAGAAAUGGAACGAGUUGGGAUACAUGAAAAGCACAUCUGCCACCGAACUAAUAUCACGAAGAGGUGUCUUCUCUCGGCGUCACUAUGGCUCAGUAGAUCAGCUUCCACAGUCGGAAAUCGACGGGCUGGACCCGAACUGUCGACGCUUCCGGCUGGAGAAUGGUGAAUCACUGGCGGAGAAAGAUGAAGUUUUCGGUUCACCAAGUACACCCAUCCUGGAAAACCCCGAGCACCAAACGAGAUGGUACUUCAAGUAUUUCCUAGGAAAACUUCACCAGAACUACGUGGGAAUAGAUUCGGAGAAAAACCCAUAUUUUUUAUCCAUCGUCUCGCAGGACUCCGGUAGCAAAUGUAUGCCCCUGUACAGGGUGAUGGUGUUUCGGAAGCAGGGUGCCCAAAAGCUUGCCUUACCGUACAACCCCCAGCAGAAGCUGACGGUCAAGCAGAUUCUGUCCAACUUUGCACUGAUGGACGCUAGCAAAUCGCCAAAGGAGGUUUUUUCGGCCGACAUCCAAAAGGAUUUGCUGCUGCUGGAGGAACAGGAGGGUUCGGUGAACUUCAAAUUCGGCGUCGUGUACAUGAAGGCUGGUCAAAAGAUGGACGACGAGAUGCUGAGCAAUGAAUACGGGAGCGCUGACUUUGACGACUUUUUGGCUCUGCUGGGAGAGAAAGUGCGACUGAAGGACUGGGAACGGUACCGUGGAGGAUUAGACGUAAAAGGCGACAUGACAGGAAAAUACUCAAUCUAUACACUGUACGAAGGCCACGAGAUUAUGUUCCACGUAUCAACGCUACUACCAUUCAGCCGUGAUAAUAGGCAGCAGGUGGAACGCAAACGACACAUCGGAAACGACAUCGUAAAUAUCAUCUUCGUGGACGAAGGCCCCAAUGGCGAGGAACCGGAGUUCAAUCCGAACAACAUUAAAAGUCAAUUCACACAUGUGUUUGCAGUCGUUACAAAGCGAAGUCGAAAGUAUCGUAUAUCUGUAUACUGUGAUGAAACCGUACCACCAUUCGGACCAACGCUGCCCAAUCCACCGGAAUUCGAAGAUCCAGCCGUGUUUCGAGACUUUUUGCUGGUCAAGCUGAUCAACGGCGAAAAGGCCACCUUUCAGACACCAACUUUUGCCCGCAAACGGGAGCGAACCCUGGAGAUGCUCAUCAAGGACCUGUACGAGGAAUAUGUGCAUGACAAUAAAAUGAAUAUGCUGAACCGGAGGGCCUUCUCGGAAGUGCUCUACGACGCGCCCCGAACAUCCAAGCUGAAGGAGGAUGCCCGUCAGGUGGAAUUUGUUCGCAUCGGACAGGCCCUCAAGCUGGAAGCCAUCGUCCGCGGAGAUGCCCCAACGAGCAUAGCAUCGGCGGGAACCGUAUUCAAGCGGCCACCCUGGGAGCCACAGUGCUUCUAUCCGACCUUUACGCCGAGAAACGAUCUGGUUGGCGACAGCUGGGGUCAGGAUCAGCUAUUUUUGGCCUCAGACGAAGGAACAUAUCUAAUUAAGGAGGACCAAACCCAUAGGAUUGUGUUCGAUAGAACGUUAGCAGUGAAACAGCUUAGUGUCAUUGAAGAUCACGGGAUCAUGCUGGUGCGAGGUGGAUCGGCCUUGCAGAAGGACGGCCACAGGGUGCAUGUUUUUAGGUUGAACGAGUUCAGUGAAGAUCGGUUAGGGCAGAGAUCGAGAAUUGACGUUAAGGAUCGUAGGAUAGACAAAACAAGAGGUUGUCAUUUGUUUGCCAUAUCAAGAGCAGGAGAGGCUCACCUUCGGAUGGCCGUUGCAGUUGGAAGAAAGUUGUUGAUAUUCCAGUGGAAGCAUACGGCUGCGUGGACAUCCUGGUGUCCCAAUAGUGAUAAUGAUACCGUCGAUGGUUUUAUCUUUCUGAAGGAAAUAACACUACACGAGGCUCCAAUGAUCAUGACGAUACUGGAAGGCUCGUGCCCAAAUUCGGGACUACUGAUUUGCGUUGGAUACAAGUACAGUUUCGAGAUCGUGUCGGAAGCGACUGGUCAUGCAACGAAGCUCCACGAGGCGGAUACUAGAAAACAGACUGCAGUUCAUUUGGUUGCCGCUUUGGAUCUGUAUGACGGACAGGAUACGGAGUUGUUGCUUUGCUAUAAUCAUACAUGUCAUUUUCAAAAGCUCUCGGAAGAGUGUUCCAGUAGUUCAGAAUUCGAUUUUCAGUUCAACACACCACCAACUUCAGUCGUCUGCGCAUUUCCAUACAUCAUUGCAUUUACACCAGAUUCAAUGGAAAUUCGACUUCUUGUGAAUGGAAAUCUAGUACAUACGGUCAUGAUGGCUGAGCUUCAACUUAUUACUUCAAAAAAGGACAUCUACUUUGUAACCACCGCUCCAGAAUUUAUCCCCAAGGGUGCCAAAUUACGUGGUCCGGACUCCGAAGACCACGAACUGAUAAAGCCACGAAUCGAGGAAAGCAAAGUCGCUCCAGAUGACGAUAGCUCGACUAGUCCUGGAAGAAGUCGACUCAGCUCAGAUGAAGAUAAUAACGGUGCACAAAGUUUAGAUGGCCAGGACAGCGGUUCCACCGACAGUAAGAACUCAGAACUAACAACGCCACAAAUUCAACGGGCACUGCAAACGCCAAAGCCCGAGGGGGACAAACCUAAAGAGAGUACACUCUCUACGGAAGACAUUAAAAGGCCGAUAUCGAAAAGCAAUUCCUAUGGCGAAGCUGGUUCUUCGUUUUCGAUACCGACUACCACGUGCAGUAAAGAUUUAGCCAAGCAUUUUGGCGCUCAACCACAGCCUAAUACAAAGAAUCUCUGCAAGCACUUCGGGGAACCAUCUGUUCCUCCAAACUCGCCGCAGAACAACACGAUCAUCAAGGGUAGCUCACCAAGCUCCCCAACUCGAAAGUCGUUCAUCCGACAGCCAACACUGAAUCUUAACAAAGCACAACCGACGGAUAGCGAAACGUCUCCUUCCAAUGGAAAUACGAGCAAACCCCUGCGAAUCUACCGAAUCCCAUUGACCAACCUUACCGGAACUCAUAUCCAAUCGCAUCAUUAUCACUACCCGAGCACGGAUCCUUCGAAGGAACCCACAGCGAUAGCCACCAAAAUGCAGCCAUGCAAACCGACUGACCCAUCAACGGCCCUAUCGUCGUCCCACGAGGAGGUGGAAGAAGUUGAAGGACCCGGCCGAAGUAGUUCCUGUGAAGAGGACCCCAAUCCCAAAUUGAGUAUAUUUGAUCAAAUUCAGCAAGAUUUGCAGGAACUCAGCAUGAAGGAUAAAGCCGAUGCAGGUCAGGAAGAAGCCGAGCUGCGAAGCUCGGUUCUUACACCACUGUAAACCAAAAAUGAAACCAGGAAUCUCCAGCUCUUACCGAAAACAGCAGCUCAAACUUCUACAGCCCUCCAUAUUUUCAAAUUUUCAUCUUAUAUCUAUAGGAUACUCUCGAGUCACUUUACACUGACACUUACACCGCACAAAUAUCGAGAUGAUUACACACAUGUGAAACAACCUGUUUUCCGAGAAGAACCGUUGGAAACCUUAGCAAAAAGAAUCUAUCCUAGAAAUGUAAGCAAAACAUACGAAAAUAAUACCAGCAAAGGUACAUGUUGUUGUCGCAAACAAGGUUUCAUUUCGUGCGCGGACAGGCACUAAAGAUAACAAAUGGAAAACUCUGUUUUCAAUUAUCUCUCAUGUCAAAAGGAAGGAAAAUUUCAGACGAUGAAUUUGGAAUGAGAACCGUGUACUAACAGGAGAAGCCCACAUUCCUCGAAAACACACAUGUAUUAGGGCUUUUAAGCGCUCUCGCUCCGAAUGCACGGAUAUUCGCCUAAUACAAUUAUGUCCACAAAAUUAUGUGAAGCGUGUUGAUGGGUCCACUUGUCUCCUUGCACGGGACGGGGACGUUCCCAUGUAGUAGGGCUCGAAGCACGUUUAGGCACAGGGAAAAGAAGCAGGUUGUGGAACGUCCAUUAAGUAUGUCACGCAAAAACUGGGUACUUAAGAGUCUAUAUUCCGUUUUUAUAGGUUUUCUGAAAAUGUUUGCUAAUUGUCCUCGCUUCCAUCUGAUUCUCAACUGGGUGCGUGACGUAGUUUUUGGACCUUCCCUUGAACGAACAAAUUGGCUGAAAAUUUCGGAAAAGAAAAUAAAUUUUCGAGAAGAAGAUAUGUGAUAAAAAGUCGAGAAGCUUUAUUGAAUGCGGAGAUGAGUCAUAAUCGUGGAUUUCAGACGAUUCAGAAUUCUUAUUCAUUUGGGCACUCCAAAUAAUUUUCUUCUCCUUUGUCGCAAUCUUCUACCAUUUUUUAAGAUUAUAUUUUAUUUACAGAAUGCCCCAAUCAACAAACCAUACGCAUACAUCUCACAAUUUCAAGAGGGAAAAUUGUAAGCCAUUCGGCCAAUCGUUAUUUUAAAGUGGUCGGUAAAUUUUACAUACUCCUCUGUUUUUUUUUCAAGUAUUUAGUCUACCUUGAUAUCUUGAUACCAGCUGCGUAUUUAUAGCCCAAGUCCAAGCAAAUAGUAGAGCGGAAUUUCCUUUCAAUGUUUCUGAAGAAACAUGUUCACAAAAACAGAACGAAAAAAGCCAAUAAUCAAAGUUAUU